GUCACGAACUUUCACAGACAUCCGACCGACACGAGCUGAAGAGUAUGAAUAUCUGGGAGUGUGAUUGUUUAGAGCCGUCUGUUUCAUGUCUGUGACGGAACGGGAAGAGGCGGAGUCUCAGCUCCAUAACAGGGAAGGGAAGAUGACAGCGGGCCGGUGAGGAUCAUGGGCUCCAACAUCAGCUGCUCCAUGUGCUGAAAGAUGCUCAUCACGCUGUGCUACAUCUACCUGUGGGUGCGAUUCCAGCGAUAUUACACGGCAGUGAUCCGCAGCGCGUUAUACCGGCUGAGCGGCGGCCGGAGGACCUUCAUCUUCCGCGAGCUGAGCCGCGAGCAGCGCUUCAGAUCCCCGCAGAGCUCGAGCGACGACGCGCUCUUCCUGAAGCUCGGGAACAAGGGCAUUUACAUCACCGAGCCAGAGGCGUGUGAUGACCUCAGUAAGUGGACCCUGUUGGGCUCUUCGCUGGUUUGUGGUCAGCGGCUAGAGAGUGUCGCCUUCAUCAUCGAGGCCUCAUCGAGAGAGAAGGUUCCAGUGUCUCCACACAGAACCAAUAAGACAGUGCUGAACUGGUCCGAUUACUGUCUCCCGUUGGCGUACAGUCCAGGGCAGCCGUACCGGGCCGUCGCCGAAGCCAGUCUGGAAAACUUCAGCCGGCUCGGCGUGGCUUUUAUGGAAGAUUGUCUACAUAUGGAAAAUGGGCUCAUACCUGAAAAGAUAGUUUCCGUGUCACUCAAAGAAUCUGCCCUCAAACAGCUGUUGGAGAAGCAGCAGUCAGACGGCAGACGGAGACUCGAGGCCAAACGUCUGAGCGAGCCGACGGAGCCGCCGCUGUCCCGAAAGAGCAGCCUGCGUCUGGAGCGCCGAGCGUCACAGGAGGAGCCAGAGCUCCCGUCUGAACACCAGCACAUGGACGGACACCACCUGCAUCUGUCCAGCUGCCACGAGUGUCUGGAGCUGGAGAACAGCACCAUCCUCUCAGUCAAGUUCGCCUCCGCGGAGAACAUCUCGGACCUACCGGAUGACAUCCCGGACCUGCCGGACGACUACGCCAGUGCGGAUGAUGCCGAGGAGAGCGUGAGGCUGAACGCCAGCGGGAAGCCGCCCAACGUGCUGGUGUUCACGGGCGGCUGCGAGCAGCAGUACCAGCAGAUCCGCUCGCUCCUGGCCGAGUGCGUGGACACGGAGCGCUACACCAUCUACCCGCUGCGGCCGCAGACUGCGCUGAGCGACCCCUGGCCGGAGAACACACGGCUGCUGGUGCUCGCCACCGACCAGACACUCACGCCGCAGCUGCAGCUGCGCUUCCUGUCCUACCUGAGCCAGGGCGGGAAGGUGUUGGGCCUGUCAUCCACGCUGUGUCCCGCCGGACUGGCGCUGCGGCCCCGAGACCUGCAGAAAGACCAGAUCUGCAGACUGAGCUUCACCAAGGCCAACAGCGCGGAGCUGCAGCUGAGUAUCGUGGCCAGCGGACACGUGUACGAGCGGGACGGCGGCAGCGGCGACGAGGUGGAGCUGUGGGGCGAGAUCUGUGCGCAGGACGAGCGGGAAAUGGCCAUCGUGCGCGUGACUCACGGAGCCGACAGCGGAGAGGCCGUUCUAUGUCAGGUGCGUUUAGAAACUGGUCCGGAUGCCCAUGAUGCUCACGGCUCCGCCGGCUUCUCCGAGCUGAAGAUGAGCAACGCUCGGCGCUACGAGGUUCUGACGGAGAUCUUGACGUCUCUGGGUCUGAGCUGUGAGCUGAGCGAAGUGCCGCCACACAGCCCGAUCUACCUGCUCUCCACACACCAGGAGCAGAAGGACCGUUUCCUGUGCUGGUUGCGGCAGCAGACGGACAGAUCGGCUGGUGUUCUGCGGUCAGCGGCAGGCGUCCUGAAGGUGCUGUGGGCCGGAGACGAGCCGCCCGAUCUGUGCGACGGUGAGCGGGCGUUUCACACCGAGCUGUCCGAGAGCUUCUCUGAGCACUUCAGCCUGCAGACGUACCAACGGCACCUGCAGACGCAGCAGCUCGGCCAGACCGUCAUCUACGCCGACAUCACGUCCACCACCAUGGACCUGCUGGACGGGUUGGUGUCACAGGCGCCACAGGAAGUGGGUUUAAUCGCCAUAGCAGCGCGUCAGACACAGGGCAAAGGCCGCGGAGGGAACGCAUGGUUGAGUCCGCUGGGCUGCGCCAUGUUCACUCUCCACCUGCAGGUUCCUCUGAACUCACGGCUCGGACAGAGACUCCCGUUCCUGCAGCACCUCGCAGCCCUCGCUGUGGUGGAGUCUGUGAGAACACUGCCCGGAUACGAGGACAUCGACCUGCGGCUGAAGUGGCCCAAUGACAUUUACUACAGUAACCUGAUGAAGCUCGGCGGGGUUCUGGUCAAUUCCAGCAUGAUGGGUCAGACCUUCAGCCUUCUGAUCGGCUGCGGCUUCAACGUGAGCAACAGCAACCCGACCAUCUGCAUCAAUGACCUGGUGCGGCAGCAGAACCGGGAACACGGACACAGCCUGGACGCGCUGGACCCGGCGCAGCUCAUCGCACGAUCGGUCACGCUGCUGGAGCGCUUCGUCUCGGACUUUCAGCUGCGCGGACCGCAGGCACUCCUGCCACUGUACUACAGCCGAUGGGUGCACGGGGGCUCGCGUGUGCGUCUGUGGAGCGAGGACGGGCCCGAGGCCGAGGUUCUGGGUCUGGAUGAGAAUGGCUUUCUGCAGGUGAAUUCGGGGGAUCAGGGCGUCGUGUCCGUGCAGCCGGACGGAAACUCCUUCGACAUGCUGAGGAACCUCGUGGUGAUCAAGAGCAGCUGAAGUUGUUUUGCUUAGCCAUCGUUUAAUACGAUUUCAUUUAGCAGAAACGUCUUUUUCUCUUUCUGGGUCAUUUCGAGAUGAUGUUUGUGCGCUGCGGUGAUGUUUUCUUCAGAAUAACGUGCACCAAUGAAUCGUUCACAUUUAUUCGGUAAACAGAUCUUGACCUGAUCACAUUCAGUGUGACGGACGGACAACACCCUUCCUUCUGUAUAUGGCCUUUAAUAUGAGCAAUAUUUUAAGUUUCAGAGUUUGAAAGUAACAGAUUACAGAGAACAUAAACUCAAAUCAAAUUACGCUCCUACAUCUCAAAAAAUACAGACAUUGAUUUGAAUUAGUUAAGCAGAAAAAUGACAAGGUUAAAGAAGUUUCCCUGCUGUAAGAGACUCAGAUCUCAGACAGACGAGACGGUUUAAUCACUGCGUCACAGUAAAGGCUGAUUGCUCUGAUUAAGUUUAGGUCGUUAUUGAUCUGUAGUGGAUUACUGCCUGUUAACGACACCAGCCUCAUUCUGUCACAUCUGACUGACACCUGUUAAUACUUUUAAUUAUUUCUCUGUAGAUUGAGGUGAUUUGUAUGUUCAUAUCAGGUCAUCAAUUAAAUCUGUCAAUAUCACUCAGUAUUUUGUAAUGAUCCAUAGUUUGUAAAAUGAUACAGAUGAUCCCUUUUAAAGAAGACAUUCCUGAAUUGUAUAAAAUUAAAUAAAAUGAUUGUGACUGA